AUGGCCCCUUCCAAGGCCCCGCAGAUGCCCAGCAAAGCAGAGCAGCCGCAGCAGCAUCAGCAACCCGACAAAACCAAGGACCAGCAAGAGCCCCCAGCCCGUGCCCCGCAAAUGCCGAGCAAAGCAAAGCACCCGGAGCAGCCGCAGCAGCAACCCAAGGAAACCAAGGACCCCGCAAACAAGCGAGGCCCAUCCGACAAGAAAGCCAGGCCAAACCCAGAUGAAGAAGAAUAUGAGGAGCCAGCAAAGGCCACCCCGCCACCCAUGCAAGUCACCAAGGCGACUCUGAUGAAAAGGUUGGCUCGCAUAUGCACCCCGAAAGCUGACGGAACCUACAAAGUGCCGAUGGAGAUCAUCAACACCCACAAGAAUCUUGAGACACGGGAUGAAGUGUAUCGGGCAUUCGAGAAAUGUGGAUGUGACCCCGCACAGCUGCGAGUGAAUCGGAAGUACGAAGAGAUCAAUGAGAAGUCGGUGGAAACCGAAUACGAGUUCUUGGCUGAACAGGAGAUGGAGGAUAAAGGCUGGUCUGAGAAAAAGAUCAAAGGGGCCAAGAAAAGCUGUGAGCGACGUCCUGGCUACAAGAGGAAGUCCGAGUACUGUGACGAAUGGAUGUACUGGGUGGCCGUGAAGGUAAAGGGGUCGAACAAGAAGACCAAACGCAACACCGUCGCCGAGAUCCUGGAAGGCGGCGACAACGAGCCGAUGGAGGACCCAGACGAAGCCAUGCAGGAUUUCCCCUUUGCCUUGGAGGGAGAUGGGGAGGCCGCCAAGGAGGAAGGUGAUGGGGAGAAAAGCUCCGAUGACAGCAGCGACGACGGAGAAGAGGCCGCCCGGGUGCUCAAAAAAAUCAGCUUCCCGGAGCUGACGAAGAAACCUCAGGACUGUUGCUCCCUAGUGUCUGCCUGCCUUCAAAAACGGGUUAUGCGAAUCGAGCCGAUCGUGCUAAAGUUGGGGGAGAUCAAAGAUGCCAACAAGGCCCACCAAAAGUAUAAAGCCAGCCUCGAGAGCAUGAUCACCAGGGUGAACGAGUUGGACGAUAAGAUGAUGGCCCUCUACAGCCAGGGUGUGGCUGCUGGGUUCACAAAAGUGGACCAGAAGAGCCUCCGCACGUUCUUCCAGGAAGCGAAGAGGGUGCAACUCGGUUCUUCAGAGGAUGAGCCGGGCCACGACGGCCGGGUGCAGCUGUAUGCAGAGAUGCUGGGAGAUGGUGCAGCUUCCUCGGACUCGGGCAACAACCCAGUUCUCCGAAUCUCUGCCGACAGCAAUAUGAAACGGUAUUCUGCUGCCCCAGCAUCCGUAGAAGACACCCCUUGA